GCUCUUUUUGUUCGGGCUAGAAACCGGACAUUCAAUUAUUUCCUCAAGGCACUGACAAAAAAGCAAAUAGUCAAAAUCUAUUGGCUGAGGCCACAAAUCUGCUGAACAAGCUUCAUUAAUCUUUUCUUCUUUAACCGUUUUCCUUUCUCCACACUUUUUACAACCUCAUGGCUCCACAAUACAAAGCAGUAAUCUUUGACAUAGGUGGAGUGUGCGUGGGAUCCCCUAUGCAAGGCAUCCACCGAUAUGAGAAGAAAGUCGGGUUACCACGCAACUACAUCAACCUGAGCAUCGUUCAACAAGGAGAAAAUGGUGCAUUCCAGAAAUUGGAAAGAGGAGAAAUAAAGCUACACGACUUUUAUGCAGCAUUUGGCGAACAAUUGUCUCAUCCUUCGAACAAAGAGCAUUACCGAGAGUAUAUGAAGAAGCAAGGAAAAGAUAUCCCUAUCAUUCCGGACAUAAAGGUGGAUGGAAGGGAACUCUUUCAAAGUAUGAUGCGGGAAACAUCUGUUGUGGAUGAAAGAAUAUUUUAUGCCAUUAAGCAGUUGAAAGAAUCUGGAAAGUAUAAGGUUGCUGCGUUGACAAAUAACUUUGAGUACCCAGAAGAUGACUUGAAAGAGAUUGAAGCUCUCGGUGGCAAGCUUCCAGACGAGCUGCGAUCACAGUUCGAUGAGUUCAUUGAGUCGAGGAUAGUAGGUUUGAGAAAACCGGAUCCAAAGUUUUAUGAACACGCUUGCAAAGUAGUAGGAGUAGAGCCUUCUGAGGCUAUCUUCUUAGAUGAUAUUGGUAUGAACCUGCGAUCCGCCAAUAAGCUCGGAAUGACCACUAUUCAAGUUAUGAUGGGAAACUCCCUCCCUGCCGUAGAGAAGCUACAAAGCUUGGUUGGAAUAGACUUGCUGCCGACAUCUAGACUGUAAAAUGCGAUAAGUGAAAACGCAGUAUACCAAAAGAAAAACAUUCACUGGAUAUCAAAUAAAAGUCGAUGAAUAUAAGAAAAAUUGUUAAAAAAAAUAGCAAAGGACAAAAGUCAAAUUAACAGCGUAUGAAGCUUGGCUAUCAAGUGCUCGCAAUGAAUGAAGCGUGCCUACGACUCUGCGAGAAAAAAAAAAGGCAGUCAGAAAAGUUUAAUUUUUUGAAAUUUUCUCAAUGUAGG